ACUUUAGAUAAAACAAUUUCGUUUGAUUUUUCUGGGUCCAAGAGGGUCUAACACCGAUUCAUGACAAAUACUGCAUACACAUAACUUCAUUUGUCGUUUCCACAAUAGUUUUUCAUAACUUUAGUAGUGUUUUUCGGAAAUUACGACAUUUUUUGGGACGAUCUAGAUAUUCGGCGGUAUUUAAAAGCAUUGAAAAACUACAGAUGAAUGGUUAACGCUGAUUCACAUCAUAAAAUAUAUGAAAUAUGAGUGAUUGUGGGGCACACAGUGCUAGUAGCCGUCAUCAUCACAGUUAUGCUUUAUUAUUUUUAAAUUUUAUACGAGCGAUCUUGACCUGAUUUCAGCAAAGCGAAAAUAUCGCCAAAUUUACACAGCUGGUUUUUACGAUUGCUGGAGUGAAUGGUUGUCCAAAAACAGAGCGACAGAGUUGAAGAAGCAAACAAAAACAAAUGCAAACUGCGAUAAAAUAAACGAAAUGGAAAAUUAGUAACAAAAAAUAAAAAAGCAAUCGGUUGCAGGUCAAUGCACAGGCGGGAAAUAGAUAAAAAGAAAAAUGUUUUGCCAAAAAGUUGUUACAGCAAACAAUAGCACGUUAAAGCGGCUGCCACAAAUGUUUCCUGCGGCAACGCAUUGCGCGCUUGCAAAGUGAGGCAGGUUGUGGCUGUUGCGCAUGCGCAGAGGAGCAGCCGCCAAACCGCUGUGUGUCUGGCGUCGGUGCGUGGGUGCGCGCUGCUACUCACUUCAGCAAGCAAAUGGGCUGAAAUUAGCAUAUUACACAAACACAAACAAAGUAAAAAUUUGGCGAUUAAAAAUUGCAAACUUAGCUGUUGUUGUUGUGUCGUUGGUGUUCGCGUCUGCAAAAAAGGGCAUUUUGCAAUAACUCUGCGCCACCGAUUAUGGCCAGAACGGCUAGUUGGUUUAACUCAGGGUUCGCGGCUUUGUUAGAAAAAUUACAUGGUGACUGUGUGGGUUUGUUUGGGAAAUCCUACGCGUCUGCGCAGUAAAAAAUUUUAGAUAAGUUAGAGUGUUGCAGCGGGUGGGCGCUUAGUGCAAAUUGCAAACGAGACGCGAACACUUCGUGUGUUGAUACAAACGCAUAAAAUAAAACAAAAAACGAUCGAAGUGAUAAAAAACUAUUUUAAACUGGGCAGCAAGGAUAAUAAGUGUGCAAAGGGACUAACGAAUUUAAGUGAAAUUUAAAAACGAAAAACCGAAAGAACUCGAAAGUCAGAAGGGACUCUUGAAAAUGUCAGUGCAAAGUGCGUGUUCCUAAAAAUGUUCUUGUUACAACGGUUAAUAAUCGCGCUUGCGCUCGUGUUACUCACGUUGGUGGUGCUAUGCGCCUGCGCGCCCCAAAGCUAUUAUGCCUCAAACUCUUAUUCAACCCGCUCAACAUCACCAUAUCGCGCGAAUCCUUAUCGGCGCGCCGGCUAUUCUCCUUAUCGGGACUAUAACCGCGAGUAUUAUGACGCGUUGCGACAACGACGCCUGCGCGCGCUGGCCGACAGCUACAAAGGCGUUUACAAUAGCAUCAGCUCCAGCACCAGCAGCCGUGGCGACAGCGGCACGAGCAGCAAAACACAGCGCUACUACUCCUCCUCACGUUUGCCCAUCUCCGCAGCCACCAUAAGCGCCAGCAAAAACGAUAGCAACGGCAGCACAAGCACCAGCCUUUACGCUAGCAACAGCAAUGAUCCGUAUAGCAGUAAAUACAACAGAUACGACGCCUACGCAUCCGAUAGUAAGCGCGCUACGAACAGCGCUUCGAGCGCAACAACAAAUAAGCAGCAGGAUGCAAGCGUCAACGGUAACAGUAAACCGCGCGUUAGCAAAGCUGAUGAGGAGAAUGCAAAAUUUGCUGGUAUUCGAAAUCAAGAAGCCGAUGAGGAGAACACAAAAACCUUGUCGCAUUUGAAGCGUAAGAAGCUACGUCGCUGCUUUCCGUUUGGUCGCGACGCACAGGGCGAUGAAGUGACACCGCCACCAGCGGAGCAAGGACGUUUACUUUGGGAUUUGAAUGUCUAUAAUAUUUAUAAUGGCGGUGGUUAUCCUCCGCCUAUAUAUGGUGACAGUGGUGGUUGCGGUGGACUUGGUGGCGGUUUGGGCGGCGUUGGUGGUUUGGCUAGCGCUUUUGCCGGCGGUGGGGGUUUUGGCGGCGGUGGUUUGCUCUCCGAUCCGAUUGCUGCCGCUUAUGCGCCACCCAAUAGAUUGAAUAAUUUCCUACAGCUAUUUGCUCCUGGCAUAUUGCAGAAUGCUUUGGCGGCGACAGCGCGUCCAUCCCUCAGACCUCAAGCUGAUACGACCGCGAGUGAGGCUAACGAUUUGGCUAAUGAUCCGGACAUUGACCCUGCCUAUACUCCUGUCGCAGCCAGACCACCGCCGGUGAGAAGACCUAACAGGGUUUAUUAUGAUUCGGCGGGUGCCGCUCCCGUAACACCUGCCCAAUUGGUAGGCGGUGUAGCCACCACUGUAAACGGUAUCAUACAACAACUCACUGGCAAUGUUCAGCCAGUAUACCCGGGUUAUAGGUCGCUAAGUUAUGGAAAGUAAGAAAUCUCUAAAUGCUCCCAAAUGCGCGAAUGAAGUUAUAUACAAAUAUACUACAUAAUUUUUAGUUUUAUAUUUACUUUUAAUCUUAGAUGUAUG